AUGCAGCCUCGCGCUCUCAUUCCCUUUGUCGUCGCCGCGCUCACCAGCUCCGUUCUGUCGGUGCCAAGCCCUUCUGGGACUGAAAUGGCCAAGCGCGCUACCUGCACGGUCAACAGCAUCGCGUCAGCGUCCAACCUCUCAUCCUGCACAUCCGUCGUCAUCGAGGCCUUCUCUGUUCCGUCAGGCAAUACGCUCACGAUCAAGGCAGCAAAGGGUGCCUCUGUAAGUAUGCAGGGCUCGGUCACCUUCUCCAAGACCACGUCCGCCGGCCCAUUGUUCACCCUCGAUACCGACGACGUGACAUUCAACGGCAAUGGGUUUAGUUUCAAAGGCAAUGGCGCUGAGUACUGGGAUGGGGAGGGCACGAGCGGCGGAACGACGAAACCGCACCCAUUCGUCAAGUUUCAGGGAUUCGGCACCUUCACGGACUUCAUCAUCAAGGAUUCGCCUGCGCAUGCCAUCUCGGUUGGCACAAGCGGUGGAUCAGCCGUCUUCAGCAACGUCCUGGUUGACAACCUCGAUGGAGCGUCUCUAGGGAAGAAUACAGAUGGAUUUGACGUGUCUGCUGACGAUGUCACGAUCACGGGCUCGACGGUGAUCAAUCAGGACGAUUGCCUCGCAUUCAACUCCGGUUCAAACCUUCUCUUCGAGAACAACCAUUGCACUGGCGGUCAUGGCAUCUCCAUCGGUUCCAUAUCCGGCAGCAAGUCAGUCUCUGGAGUAACGAUCUCUGGUAACACCGUUACCGAGUCUAUGUAUGGCAUGCGUAUUAAGGUUGACACCGACGCAACAGGGACCGUGUCAGACGUAACGUACUCGGGGAACAGCAUCUCUGCAAACGACAAGUACGGGUUCUUGAUCACUCAGAGCUACUCAGAGGACUUCGGUACUCCCGGCACGAAGAGUACCGUCUCGAACAUCAACUUCACCGGCUCAAAGACGACUGUCACAACUACCGGAAAGAAGCCGGUCGUUGGGAUCGACUGUGGACACUGUACGGGCACUUGGAACUGGGCGGAUCUUGACGCCACAGGCGGGGAAGCCUCAGACCUCGUUCUCGGUGGCGGCGUGAAGAUCUCGGGCGGGACUUUCUAA